AUCAAAUAAUUAUCUAGGGUCGAACAAAAAAUUCAUUGUUAUGAAAAAGCAAUAUGCAGGCCAAUAUGAGAAGAGUGAAAAGAUGGAGCCUUCCUCAGAUGCGGAUAAGGGCAAUCUGAUGAUUGAGAAGGUAGCCGUGUUUAUAUCUUGGUUUUGUGUAGUGGUAUUUUUCCCUUUCUCGAUAUGCUGUUGCCUAUAUGUGGUUAAGGAGUUUAAGAGGAUUGUGGUAUUCCGAUUGGGUCGUCUCAGAGGUUGCUCAGGUCCAGGUCUGGUAUUUCUGCUUCCCUGCAUCGAUUCGUUCAGAACAGUGGAUAUUCGUACGGAUGUAAUUGAUUCCGAUCUCCAGGAUAUGCUUACCAAGGACUCAGUGACGAUAACGGUAAAUGUAGCUGUGUACCACCACGUAUACAAUCCCAUCGACUGGUUUAUCAAGGUUGACGAUGGAAAUGAUGCCAUAAAAAGGAUUUCCCAGGUCACUCUGCGCAGCAUUAUCGGAUCCAAGAAACUGCACGAAAUAUUGACCUCCAGGGAGCGACUAUCCGAGGAAAUCCAGGAAGCCUUGGCCGGGAUCACCACUCGUUGGGGAGCUCGGGUUACACGGGUGGGCCUGUUGGAAAUCAUCAUACCAAGUAGUUUGGAGCGCUCUUUGGCAGCGGAAGCGGAGGCAUCAAGGGAAGCACGAGCCAAGAUCAUUUUGGCCGAGGGCGAAGCCAAAGCUUCACAAGCCCUAAAAGAAUGCUCAGAUGUGAUGUCCACGAACCAAAUUACCCUACAACUGAGGCAUCUGCAGAUUCUCUCAUCAAUGGCAAAAGAACGUAGGGUAAAUGUUAUUUUCCCCAUUCCAUUGGAAAUAAUGGAACCAUUUAAGGAUGGGAAGGAGUCGUCGAAACCAGCCCAAGACGACGAUGAUAAAAGGGAUAAGUAUAAACAAUCUGAUAAGCUGAAUUUAUACUCACCAAAAGUCUACAUCAUUGGUCCUCCACCGGAUGAAUUCCCCGAUCCCAAUCCCAAUCCCAAUCCCGAACCUACGCCUGAACCUGAUCCCGAAUCAGGUACUGAUAAUGGGUUUAGGUCUUCGGACCAUAGGGGAUACCAAGAGGCAAGUCCCAAAGAAGCAGCUAAUAGGGAGAAUGUGGAUGAGACCAGACCUGGCCGAUCUUGGCAGUGGCCACCAUUCUUUAGACCCUCGCGAAGAGCUGAUAAUGGCGAACAACCAUCUGGCAGUCGAAGAACUAAUCAAACUGAUGGAAUCGAACCUUAUCCACUUCUGACUAAGCCUCCAACCCGUUCCAGUUCUCCCUCUACAAAGCCUUCUUCUAUUCCCAUUCCUCCUCGUCCUGAUCCCCCGGCACUUCCUCCAGUUCCAUCUCAUCCGACGCUUCCUCCCAUUCCACCCCAUCCAACUCUACCUCCUCUCCCAGAACGACCCACACCUCCUCCCAAAUCUACUUCUCCACCUAAAGAAAAAGAUCCAAAAAUAACAAAGCCCGACAAAAACUAUUAUUUUUAAGUAAUGCCUAUAAAAAUAUAUGUGGGAACUAUG